CAAACAGUACAAACGUGGGCACGAUUAUGGAUUGUGAAAACGAUAAACAGAUCGUAACAAAUAUCGAUAUAAUUGUAAGUGCGACUUCAGAUGAUAGUAGCAAUACAAACGAAGAACUGAAGGAAGAAGAAAAGGGCAAGUGGGGUUAUGCUGUUUGUUUUGGAACAGUAAUUACUUUUAUAGCUGGUAUCGGCCAUGUCAAUUCAUUUGGCUUAAUUUAUAAAGAUUUCAUUAAUGAUACUCAUUCGACAGCCAAGUCAUUGACUUCUGCUCAUGGAGUCUUCGCUGUUAUGCUUGCAUUUGGAGGUAUAAUUUUAAACAUCACUUCAAAAAGAUAUUCUUUAAGACUUGGAGGGUUAGUUGGAGCUAUCAUAAUGUUAACAGGCUCUUUCACAACCAUUUUUAUAAUAAGUACUAACCAAUUGCCUAUAACAUUUGGUGCGUUACAAGGAAUCGGUUUCGGAAUGAUGGUUCCGGUUUGCUAUUCAACAAUCAAUUACUAUUACGUACGCAAAAGGACAAUGGUCAUGAGUGUGUGUAAAGCGUUGCAAGGAAUAAUAUUGAUGUGGUACCCACAAUUCUUGAAGAAUAUGUUACAUAUCUAUGGAUUUAGAGGUACCUUGUUGAUUAUAAGUGGAAUUGCACUACAUACAAUACCAGGAAUGUUAGUAAUGAAGACUAAAGAAAUGCCGCAACGAAAAUUAAGAACAGCAAAUAACAUCAAAGGUGAACACGAACAUGACGAAAGCGUUGAUUUAGUAAAUUUUAAACCUGAUGAACAAGUGAUUGAUAUCAAUAGAUGCACAAGAAACAAAAAAGGCGCUAAUAAAAUUUGUAUGGAAGUACUUGAUACAUUUCAUGUAAAGAUUUUGAAUGAUCCAGUCUACUGCAACAUCUGCGUUGGUCAGAGUUUUAUGAACUUCUCUGACCUUACGUUCUUCAUUUUUCAACCAAUGCUGUUAUUUCAAUAUGGUUAUGAUUCUACACAAGUGGCUACGUGUAUAUCGAUAUGCGCAGGGGCUGAUGUCGCAGGGCGAUGUGCUCUUGCCUUUAUCAGUGGUAUUGUUAAUGUUAACACCAGGACCUUAUUCUACAUUUCUACAUUGUUCACUUUCUUGCUUAGAUUAGUCGUACUCCAACUACGUGAGUUCUACUACGUAGCCACAGCGACAGCUGUAUUAGGUAUUCUCAGGGCCUGGCUCCAUGUGACCAGUCCUUUGGUCAUAUCAAACCAUGUCACACAUGCAGACUUCCCUGGGGCUUAUGCCCUUUUCAUGCUGUCUGCUGGUCUGGUUAAUGUCACUUUUGCACCUCUCAUAGGUCUUUUGAAAGACGUCUUUGAAGAUUACGUUCCUGCUUUCUACGCCCUAACAGUGUGCUGUCUCCCGUGCUUAAUACUCUGGCCUAUAGAAUAUCUUUUGAAAGGAAAAUAAAAGCUAUUUAUAUCGUGUUGUAAAGUGUCAUAAACUAUAAAAGUAUUAUAAAGUGAUAAAUACCUACGUACAUUUAUUUUCCAAUAAAAUGAACAGGCGACAUAAACCAAAAUAACUAUUUUAUUACCCGAGUUACGUUUUCUGACAUUUAAAACGGGUUUAGUCAGUUUAGAAAUAAGAUGCUUGUGAAAAAUGGGGAGCCGUAACAAUACGUUUACAACAAACUCAGACCUUAGGGAUGUUUCCGGGAAAGAGAC